AAAAAAUUAAUUCAUCUAUAAAAUUAUCAGAGAAUCAAUUAUCAUUGGCAACAUUGUUUAAAAGUAUAUGCUUAAUUGAGAUGAAUUAACCAGGAUAAGGAUUUAUUAUGAGAGAAUAGGCCAAAAAGAUUAAUAAUAACCUAUAUCCAGAUCUAUUGGCUUAUUCAGAUCAAGAAUUAAUUAAAACACCAUAAAAUUCUUAUAUGUUAUUAGCAAAAAGCUAUGCUUUAAGCGAAGGAAAGAAAUUCCUAGAGGCAAAAGAGUUAUGCGAAAAGGUUUAGAGAGAAGAACCUUAAAAUCUUCACACUUUGUAUAGAAAAAGCUAUUCAUUAUAUAAUUUGACUCAAUAUUCAGAAGCAAUUUAAUGUAUUGAGUUAGCCCUUAAAUAUAAUCCAUAGUAUAGUAUUGGUUAUAUGACUAAAGGUGUUGCCUUAGAUGCUCUUAAUAAAUACAAUGAGGCAAUUGUUUGCUAUGAUAAAGCAAUCCAAAUAGAUCCAAAUUUUGCAAAGGCCUAUUAUAAUAAAGGUGCUGCCUUAAAGAGACUUAAUAAAUACAAUGAGGCAAUUGUUUGCUAUGAUAAAGCAAUCCAAAUAGAUCCAAAUUAUGCUAUUGCCUAUUAUAAUAAAGGUUUGGAAUUUCAAGAUUUUAUUAGGAAGUGCAUUAAAGAGACUUAAUAAAUACAAUGA